CUUCACCACUCAUGCACUUUGAUCAAUGCACUUUCAUAUUAAGUAGCUGAAAAUGGCUUCACAACCCAUCCGUUUAGAUCAACAGGAGCCAUGCUUGACAAAGGCACGUCUCUUUUGCCCAGUGUGUCAGGACAGCACGUUCAAGACCCUCGAGGCUCUCCGGAGUCACCAGACCUUGCUUGGACACAAACUCCCUUGUCCUCACUGCAAUAAACGAUUCGUCACGUCUGAGGCACUUUCUCAACACGUUCAGAUAGCCCAGAAGCCGCAGGAUACUCUCCAGGCUGGUACUUUUGCAGUGGCGCCGUCUGCCACCACGGUUGGGGUUCCUUCGUGCGCGUCAGCAACCAGUAUUUCGAACACGUCCUUGCCUAUUGAGCAGAAUGAAGACCACAAAACAGUGGUUGCAGUUUCCUCUUUAGCACAGAUCAUCGAUGAAUUGAAAAUCUCCUCAAGCGUCCAAGAGCAAGAGAUCAUUUUGCAGUCCCUUCUGUCACGUUGCCAUCCUUUGACUCGUCUCAACACAAACGGUUACACCAUGUCACCCGUUCCCACGGAGGAGAGCGGAUCAGGGAAGGGAAUCAUCAGACGCGACCUUUUUAGAUACACAUCUCCCCCGAUGCCCGAUUCCUUUGGCUACCGAAAAGGCAGGAAAGCGGUUGUCAUCGAUUGCAAGAUGGUCCAGGUGACCCGCGGCCGACAGGAGAUUGGCUUCAUCAAUGCCGUCGACUUCUUCACCGGUGAAGUUCUAAUGAGUCAAUAUGUAAAGCCUCAGUACCGCGUGACUGGCUGGGACACAAAAGUCAGUGGUAUCACGCCCGCUUCCAUGGCAGCUGCGAUCGAAAGUGGCGAAGCCCUUCGUGGAUGGUUGGGAGCGCGGUGGGCCUUGUGGGAGUUUGUCGAUAGUGAUACGGUUCUGAUCGGACAUGCGUUACAGAAUGACUUGCAUACUUUGGGAAUCAUUCAUUCCCGGGUCGUCGACUCGUCAAUCCUCACAGCAGAAGCCAUAUUUAACAACAUCCGUCCAACCGAACCUCUCCCGCGGGUCUGGGGUCUGAAGGCUUUGGCAGGCGAUAUGCUUGCUCGCAAGAUCCAAGGCGGUCGCAAAGGACGGAGUGUGGUUGAGGAUGCUAUUGCUACCAGAGACGUGGUCAUCUGGUGUUUGAAGAAGCCGGAUCUUUUGAGCACCUGGGCUGAUAAUGCCAGAUCAUACCAUCAGAUGCAGGAAGAGCUCAGAAAGGAGGCGAAGGGGAAGAAAGCUGAAGGUGAGAGAAGAAAGAAGAAGGAGAAGCAGGCUAAAUGAGGUGUAACGUCUCUUGUUCAUUUCCAAGUUGGGGCUGACUUUAUCGACGCCGCCGACAGCGCGUAGGCUGGUCAGAAUCGGCCAUCUCUUUGGAACUUUACAUGUCUUUGACGUUGGUCAGUCUCUUUGGCUUCAAAUUGAUGUUCAGUUUGAGACUCGAGCCUGGUGUUGGUCCUGUUUUCUUUGAUUCAAACUUCACUUGAAGGUUCACUUGCAUGGUGAGAUGCCUAUCAUGAAUAUCGGACAUGUAUCCAUGGCCCAUCGAGAGGUCUUACAACGUUUUUACAUCACUGAUGCAAAUGUCACAUAUGACUACUAUGUUUCUAAAAGAAUAAU